CAUUUCAAUUUUUGUGACACAACCGCAAGAGUGCAUUGUCAAGUAAGAAGGGAUGAAAAGUCGCACUUCAAACUUGUUUAUGUUAAAAUUAUUUUUAAUUACAAAUUUCAUAACAAAAUAAAAUGUAAAUGCAUAUAAAUAAUUCGGAAAUCUUCUAUGAAAUGUAUGAAAAAACUAGUUCUUUCCACAGCUUAACUCACUUUGCAUACUCCUUCAUGUGACAUAUGUUAUUUAUUGAUAAUAAGUAGGACACAUAUGUAUAGGCUGGUAAAGCUAAGAACUUAUUUGCAUUACAUAUUCGUGUCAGAUCUAUAUUUUCAAACAUAUUCAUUCCAAUAUGACUAUUGCAUUAAUAUCAGAAUAUCUGGAAACACAUCAAGGUAGAGAUAAAUUUUUGAGAACAUUGUCUUAUAUGGCAAAAUUUGCUACGUUGGGCACAUCUUCAAAUGAAACAGAAAAGAAAUUAAAAAUAUUUAGCAGUCAAAUGAGUGAAUGCAGAAUGAUUUUAAGAUUAUUAGAUGACAUACCAACCAUUCAUUAUGCAAUGAAAUAUGGAUGGGGAAAAGAGGAGCCAGAUCGGUUGAUCAGAUGUGUGGAAUUAAUGCAGAUUUUGGUGGAUAUUAUGUUUGGCCCAGUAGAACACACUUUUUGGGCUGGCAAACAUAAAUUGAUUAAAAUUGAUACUGAAGCAUGGAAUAAUGCUUCAACAUGGUUCUGGAUAAUUUCUCUGCAACUGUCAUUAUUAAAAUCUCUGCGAAAAUUAAAACAGUUUAGCAAUUAUAAGACGCAUCUUAGUAAAACUAACUGCAAUACAAGAAUUGCCUUGAAGACGGUAAGCAGACAGAGGUGGAAUGAAUUACUAACUUGCAUAAGAUUAGUCUUAGAUAUAAGUUAUGCAGUUAGUUAUCUGCCAUCUGGCACAUUCUGGGGAGGACAGUUGAAAACUUGGCAAGUUGGGGCACUUGGAACAUUGUCUUCCUUGAUUGGUUUGUAUCAAGCUUUAAGUAAACAAGCCAAACACAAAAGUUCAUAAUAUCUACAGUUAAGAAUAAGGUGGCAAAAAUUGUUACAAUUAUCAGUAUGAAUAUAUUUUUUUAUUUCUGUUAAUCAAUUUAUAUAAGAAAUGUGUAAUAAAUGUCAAAUGAAUCAUAAUUAAAAGAAAAUAAAUCUUAAUUGUUUAAUCUUUAUGUAUUAUAAAGCACAAUUUUAUAUAUUAUGAAACAAUACAAUAUUGUUAACAUAAUAAAGAACAAUUUAUUGUUUUUAAUAUAUCAAUUUUGUGUUACAAGGUAUGUUUUAACAAGGAUAUAUGCAGUAGGAAAAAAGCUAAAGCAAUAUAAAUUAUUGAUAUUUCGGAUAAAGCUUACUUGAUUUUAAGCUAAUUAGUAUUUAUAUAUGUUUACUAUUGAUCGAAUCGCUUUUACAUGUUAUUCGAAUGUAUUUGUAAAUUAUAGAUAUAGGUUCUAUUAUCAAUAAAAGUGAAAGAAUAGGAGGCACUUUCUGUAUGAACAUAAAUAAAAAUAUUUUGCUACCUAGA